CAUGCCAUCGAUUACGCGAAUGUAGCGCAAAAAGAGAAAUUGACUGAAUUACAAUUGCGCAUACGUCAAUUACUUGAUCAAGUAGAUCAAAUUACUAAGGAGCAGAAUUAUCAACGCUACCGCGAGGAACGUUUCCGUCACACAAGUGAAAGUACCAAUGCGCGCGUUUUGUGGUGGUCGUUAGCGCAAACUUGUGUUUUGAUCACUAUGGGUUUCUGGCAGAUGAGACACUUAAAGAGCUUCUUUGAAGCAAAGAAGCUAGUGUAAAUAUGCACGCUGAAAAUUUGCAUACGGCAAAGGAUAGAUUACGCCUUUUAUCUGUGGGUAUGAAAAACGGAUUAUGGAUAUAAGAGCAAUUCUUCCGUGUGCCUACGAAAAAUCGAACGAGAGUCUCCUUCAACCAAAUUCAUCAAUCUCAUUUUCUUACAAUUUCAAAUGCUUACUAAUUCGACUCUAAUACUAACACAGUUUACUAGGCGUUACAUUAAAAUUACAUUACAUUAUUAAAUAGUAAAUUUGUUCCGAAUAGCUACAAAACUACAUACAAUUGUAUAUAAGAAAUAUACCUUCUUCUGUUUUAUGAUCUGUAGUUAUAAACCAAAAAAUAAAUAAAACUUAAUUUGUUGUAAUGUAAUGUCUCUUUGUUACUGGUUGUCAGUGUUAUGUUGCUAUGAAUAAUAAACAGAGAUGGCGUAGAGCGUCAGUUGUAUAUAAGCAA